CAGACUGAACUUAUCUUAUACGCUUACAUCUCUCUCUUCCUUUCAAACUCUGUUAGAUUUUUCAGUUAUUUUCAGUUACAAUGGCCAUUGAUGAUUCUUGUAGAAAACCUGGUGCCGUUCCCUUUAAGUGGGAGAUCCGACCCGGUGUCCCCAAGAUCCAACAACAACGCAAACAAACGCCACAUCCGUCACCGUCACCACCUCCUGAACUUGAUCACCUACCCCGCCAUUCAUCAGCAUCGUCGCCGGCUCCACUGCAAAAGCUUAAACCCCCACCAGCCGGCUUCCAGUCCCAUCCUCCCUCCGAGCCCCGAAGCCAGUCGUUUCGGUCAACCCCGCGUGCCCGUUCCGAGCGUUGGCGGUUCGAUCAACCUACACGCGUCCGACCCGAAUGCAUUUCACCUGGGUGUUUCCCGGCUCCCUCGCUUAUUAGACGCAAGGAAAGCAAGAGGAAGGUUCAUGUACCUAGACCCACAUCCGAACACGGUUACUUUUCAGACAUUGAAAUGUUGCCACGGUGGUCGGUUUCAAGCCGGAGGUCACUUUCACCGUUCACUGCCUCACCGGCCUCGUCGUCUUUCUCGUCGUAUAAGUCAUCGCCCCGACCCGUGGUUGAUGCAGACUGGGCCGGGUUCGGACUUUUUUAAACGGAGUUUAGCGUAUAGCUAUUUGGCGGGAAUUGUAGUUGUGGCCUUUGACGUUUGGAUGUUAUAUUUGAUGAAGAUUUCCAUAAACGACAGCGUUUUGUGGGAUCAGAAGCCCAUUAUGUAUGGCCCGUGAUUAGCUCUUGUCGUGUUUAGAGUUUUCAAAGCUCAUAAUAUGAUGUGUUAUAUAAAUUGGUGGCAGUGAAAGGACUUUUUCCCAAGUCUUUUAUUGUGAAUUCAAAGUUUCCAAGUGAAAGUCAUUUUGAUAAUGUACUCUUAAUCUACAUAGUCAUUUGGUAUUAAACAUUUAAGGGUGAAUUUGAAUCUUGCUUUUGAAAGA